CGUAACAGUUGAGGUAGACCUUGAGAGAGAAUUAGACGCGAUCGACGAGCAAAUACAGCACAUAAAUCGUCCAGCAUGGCUACAGCAAUUCCCCAAGUUGAAGACUUGCUCAAAACAGCAUGUGUCGCCUUCGAAAACCGAUUUGGCCGCAAACCCGAGGUUGUGGGAUGCGCGCCGGGUCGGGUGAACUUGAUUGGGGAGCACACCGAUUACAACGAAGGGUUCGUGUUCCCGAUGGCUUUACCACAAGUUACCCUAGUUGUUGGUCAGAAAGUUGAAGGUGACUUGUGUAGAGUGGUGACCUUAGCAGAUGUAAAUGAGGACCGAGAGGUGGAGUUUAAUGUGCCUACACCAACUGCUCCUCUACAACCAGGUUCUCCCAAAUGGGCAAACUAUGUUAAGGGUGUAGUGGCAAAUUUUAAAGGAGACAAGGUCGCAUUCAACGCUGUAAUCAUAACCUCAGUCCCCAUAGGUGGAGGAGUUUCUAGCUCUGCUUCUAUUGAGGUCGCUACCUACACAUUCCUUGAAGGUGUGACAGGUACUUUUGGACAGUUGGACAAAAAGGACAAGGCAUUAGCAUGUCAGAAGGCAGAGCAUGAGUUUCCAGGAAUGCCCUGUGGUAUCAUGGACCAGUUCAUAUCUGUUAUGGGAGAGAAGGAUAAUGCUCUCCUCAUUGACUGCAGAUCAAUAGAAAGUCGCCUGGUAGCCAUGAAGGACCCAAGUGUAGUUGUCUUGGUGACCAAUUCCAAUGUGAAACAUGAAUUGACAGGAACAGAAUACCCCACCAGGCGACGCCAGUGUGAACUCACCGCUAAACUCCUCAACAAGAAAAGCUUGCGGGAGGCUAAUGAGGAAGAUCUGCAGGAGCUAAAAGAUAAGGUUGAUGAUGAACAUUUCCGAAGAGCACGACAUGUGAUUGGGGAAAUCAGACGCACAGAAGAAGCUGCAACAGCACUAGAAAAUGGGGACUAUGACAAGUUUGGAAAACUCAUGGUAGAAAGUCACAAUGCUCUUAGGGAUGACUAUGAGGUUUCUUGUCCUGAACUUGACCAACUUGUGAAAGCUGCAAUGGAAGUGGAGGGAGUAUAUGGGUCAAGGAUGACCGGUGGAGGGUUUGGAGGCUGUACUGUUACCUUAGUGAAGAAGAAUGAGGUCGACAAAGCUAUGGAGCAUAUACAGAAAUGCUACAGUGGAAAAGCCACUUUUUAUGUGUGUGCAGCUGCAGAGGGAGCACGACUGAUCAGUGUAUGAUUAUCACAGCAGAGCCAUUGCAAAAUGCAAUAUACCAGGUAUUUAAGGGUGGUUAAAUAAUGUGAUAUUAUACUUACAGUAUGAGGUAUACUAGAAAAUGUUGUGGGUAUUAUAUUUAGAGGGUGUGGACUGUAUUAAGUGAAGCAUUUACCUUAGAAUAUAUUUCAUAGAUCUGUUUAAAAAAUGAAAUUUACUAUGUAGAAGAAUUGUCAUGGUGUGCCUUCAACAUAUCAAGUGAAACUCUUGUAUUGAUACAGGGAUCAACACUCUCUUUGUUUACAAUAAAAUCUCACAUGUGUGAAGACUUUUCACCUGUAUAAAGCAGAACAUCACUAGUCUUGAAUCUGGACAUUUCACCUGUUUUUAAUGGAACCUCUGUUUUCUUGAAUCUCACUUGUCUUGAUGUUUACUUGUUUACAAUUGAACUUUUUUUUAAUUGUUGAAUCUCAUUAAUCAAGACAACUUUCUUCUUUAGUGUGGAACUUCUCUAGUCUUCAAAUUCUUCCCUAAGUGCAUGAGAAUCUCAUUAGUCAAGAUACUUACCUUGUAUAUAGUGUAACUUCUCUUGGUUGGAACUUUUUCCCUAUUUACUGUAGAAUCUCACAAAGCUAUUUUUAGCUCACUUGGACCAAACAAUCAAGUGGGAUUAUGCUAGCCAUCAGACCUUCAUCCAUCUGGUGUCAACUUUUCCCUUUUAAUACCAGGUUAGCUAUGCAGUUCCAUUGAGCCUCUUGUUAUCUGUUUACAGUUUGUUUAUAAUAUAAUUAAUUUUCUGUCAUUUUAGAGAUUUUGAGGUUGUAAUGAUAUAUCUAUUUGUGUAUUAUAGAACAAAGACUCUAAAUGGCAGCUUUCUUGUUCAGGUUCUUAAGAAUACAACGAACAUUAAAGGAUUAAACUAUUGGCUAGUCAACAUUGAUGUAGCUAAUCAUAGUUCAUAUCAAAAAGAUAUUUGGUCCACAUAAAAAUCACCAACUUUAUACUAUAUUCAUGAUUUGUAUGCAGCAUGUUAUGUAAGAUGUUUUCCUAGCUUUAUCUACCAUUAAUCUUUUAACUGUUAAACAAAGCUUUGGCAAAGUUUAGUACAAUUUGAACAUACAAUCUCAAAUUCCAUUUUACAAAAGGAUAAUCCUCAAAUGAUUUAUACACACAAAAAUAUUUCUUCAUAAUUGUACAGAUGUUCAUGAGUAAACAAUUCAAAAUAUGAGUAACAUGUUAAUUUAUAUUAGGUUAAAUCAAGUUUUCAGGAUUGUCAGGUUGUAAAAGGAGAAUCAAGUUCUCUUGUAUUUUUAAUUAACAGGGAUGGAUCCAAAUAAGGAGAUGGAAGUUGAAUAUGGCUUGCUAAGUCUUACUGAAAAAAAAUAAACAUAACAAAUAUAUACUAAAAGAUACAAUAAAUUUACCAAUAAGUCAAAUCUGUCUAUGUAGACCACUCAGUGGAACAGGAAAGUGGCCUUUAUAGCCAGGUGGCAUUUAUAUAGAGGUUCCUUUUUAGGAUGACAAUGAGUUGUAUUACUUGGGAACCAAAUCAAUUGGUCAUAAUAGACAGCCCCCUCACUACAUUUUGUCAAUAUUUUUCUACUGAGGAGGGGGCUUAUUUGCAGUAAAAUACUGCAGUAGACAUGGUGCAAUAUUAAAGUUCAAACAAAUUCUUACAUCUGUAAUUUUCUAUUGUUAUUUUUAGUGUUACCAGGUUGAAAUGAUUGUACCUUUUUUCAAGUGACUUGAAUAGAAAUAUUCAUUGUCAAGUUUAAUUUGUGUUACAUUGUAUCCUGAAAACAAAUGCACAUCUGUUUUGUUGUGUAUUGUAUACUUGCAGUACAUGAAGUGAGCUUCGCCUUUACUUCCUGUCAUUUACAAACUUAACAAUUGACAUAAGCUUUGUGUAAUUUAUUGCUACAAUGUUGAUAUAGGAGAAAAACUCAUCAGGGAAACAAAUAACCCAACAGACAUUAUACCUCACUGACAGUGAGUCUCAAACUGGUAUUCUAAUAUGUACAUGUAUAGGAAAGUGGUGUGAAUUCAGGCUUGAUUGCACGCAGCAUGACAGUGUAUAAGUGAUCACGACUACUUAGGCUCCAUAAGACACUGUACACAAGAAAGAAUUUAAAAGCGGGAUUGGGUUUGAAGAAAUGUUUUAGUUUUUAUUGUAUGUAUUUUGACAACUUUUGGAAAAAUUUUGAUUGAUUUAGAAGAUCUUUCACCAAAAUCAUGAGACUCUAAGGCAUAUAUUUCUAUUUAUGCUCUAAUUGAUAAUUUCAUUAUCUGUUACCUUUACCUAUAUUUCAAAACAAAAUAAAACAAAAUGAUGGGAAAAUUUAAAACUGCAAAUUAGCAUAAAAAAAUGUCGAAACUAUGUAAAUGUACUUUACACGAAGCUACAUAAUUUUUUCCAUCUUGACUAAAGUGAUGUAAUGUAAAAAUUUCAUGGCUCUGAGGUCAUUACAGGGUAAGUGCUAUAGUGUAGAAUAUUAAGUAAUAUAAAGGUAACAGAAUUUUACAAUUGCCUUGUUAAGAUCUGGGAGAGUAAUAUGUUUCUGAAAAACAUAAGUAUAGCUAAUUUUGUAAGAGUUAUGAUACUCUUUGUUCUGUUUUAAGAUAAAUUUGUAAUUUUGGACAAGAAUAUUUCAUCACUGUUAUUAAAUGUAAGAUUUACUUGUAUUUUGAACAUUUUCAGAAUCUUAAACUGGUUGGCUUUAAUAUAGAUUAUAUAUAUUUCUAUGACGUAUUUAUUUUUAAACAUAAAGAUGUUGUUUUGAUGUCAGAAUAGUUCCUCUUUGUAUUUUUAAUGAAAUCAAAUUUUGGAUGUUUAAUCACUUUUUAGUUUUAUUCAAACCAUUUCUGUUAUUUAAUGGUUGUUCCAAUGUUUUGUAAAUGCAAUAUUAUAUCUUACAUUGAAUUGUGGUUUGAAAUAAAGACUUAUGAGGUUGUACAAACACAGGAGCUUGUUAAAUAAUGAGCAUACCUCCUUUCAGAGGUCUGACAUUACAAGCCCCUGUGUCUGCUUUACUGGAGUUAAAAAUAACAUACUAAGUACUAAGUUGUUAAGAGGUACAAUGAUGUAUUUCUGUAUUUUCCGGAUUUCCAUUGCAUUAGAGACGGUACUUAGUUUUUUUUUUUUUUUUUGGUACUUUGUUUUUUUACCAGUACCUGCCCGUCACAUGUUUAUGACUGAAACAGGUCAUCUAGAACCAUCAUUAGCAAUCAAAUGCAGGAUGAUUUGAAGAUUGAAAUAAAAAUAACAUUCUUGUGGAUUUAAUUAAUCAUACCAUUUUAUAUGAAUCACAAUAAUAUCUCCUGGACUUUCGUGGUUACUUUGAAGCCUUAGCCUUUUGUAUCCUAGGAUCGAUAGGUCAUCGGAGUAUAUGUCAAAUUCUAGAACAACCGCCAUGCUUGUUUACGAUAUGAAUGGCUUUGUGUAACUUACAAGACGAAAUGAUAUGGGACUAUAAGAAUUUGGUCAGGAUGCAAGGGCCUUCAUUAAUAUUUAUCAGUACAGACACUGAUGGAUAGAUUGUUAAGUAAACCAUAGGUAAUAUUAAGCCCUAUAUCUAUGCCUAGACAAUCUGUGAAUGCACAAGCCGAACAAGCUGGAUAUUUGCUACUUUCUAAUUUUCGAACUACAAUAAAAAUAAAGGACUAUCUGUGUAUAAUUCAUUUGCAAACUUAAUUGUUUCGCUGACAAUCAUUACAAAUUGCCCUCCGUUGUCUGUUAUAUCAACAAACUUUGGUCAAUGUGACAGUUACCACUUCAUAAGGUAUAUCAAACGUCAACAUAGUUGUCACCUUAUCGUAAGAAAGGAUGCAGCUUAAAACCAGGAAAAUGCAUUACAUGUAACUUUGUUCAUGGACAAAGUGUACAUGUUAAACGGUUAAAAAUGUAUCGGUAGUUUUGUUACCUGGUUCAAGGUGUAUGAAUGUGCAUAUUACCUGGUUACAUGUGUAUUUCUAAAAAUAGUGUCAUGUUGUCGUCAUGGGUAGCAUGAAAGCUGUAAUAUUUCCCAACAUUUUGAACACUGAUUCAUUGUAUGAUUUUUUCCCAGAAAACAGAAUAAAAAGAAAAUUUUUCUUGAUUUCCCAUUUGGUUUAUCUGUUGCGCCCACUUGGAAAUGGGCACCACCUCCCUAAUGAGGUGUGGACCAAUCAGAGAGAACCAUGAGAUUUAUCACCAGAAAAAGAUGAAAGAAAAACAAAGGCAUCAUUGGAUAAGUUUAUGAAACAGGAUAUAUAUUGUCCAAUACCUUCAAUACAUGUUUCCUGGAUAGAGGUGUAGUAAUGUAUAUGUAACCUGGUUUGAUGUAUAAUAAUGUACAUUACUCUGUUUGUGAUGUAAUAUUGUACAGUGUUAACUGAUAAGGUGUGAUAAUGUACAUGUUACCUGGUUAGAAGUAAAAUUUUCUUGUCAAGAGAAGAUAAAUUACAUUUUUUAACAAUUAUAUAGCAUUGAUAAUAAGUCAUGAAAGAAGAAUGUUUUUUACAAAUUGUUGUUUAAAUAUUAUAUGUUGGGAGGAAACAUACAUUUUAUUGGAUGAGUAGACCAGCAUCUUUUGUAGAAUAAGACUUUAAAAGAUUUAUUAAGAAUCGUAUUCCAAUUGUAUACAAUAAAUGCCUGUAUCACUGAC